AUGUACCUCGAGAUCGGUUCUCAUCGACCCAGUACUGAGGAGGUUUUUUCAAUCUUGAAAUCGGCAAUAGUAGGGCACCCUGCCGGAAUGAAAUCCUCAAUGGGAUAUUCUGCCAUAGCUCCGUCGUCAACAGGCCGUGAUAAAGAGGGGCUUCCUUUUGCGGUCGAGGAUAAACCUCGUGUUAUAUUGAACCAUGGUGCAAAGUUAGAUCGCCGAGCUCGUGACCCAGAGAUCGAUCAAGAUCGAGAUCGGCCAAGAUCAAGACCAAGCAAGAUAAAGAUCGAGCAAGAUCGAGGGAAGCUUACCGAGCCAGAUAACAGAAAGUCGAGAUAUCCGCAAUCGGGCAAGGAUCACGAAACAAGAAUUAGAGCAGAGAUUGAUUUGAGAAGAAUGGACGAGCAGCUUGAAAGACAUUUAGAUCGAGUAUUUAACAAUCACAAGUGCUGUGAAAGUGAAGAACCAAAAGUACAAGUAAUCAAGAAAGAAGAAUGGGAAUUGGACUGCCAAAGAAUUAAGGUCAAGAAUCUUAUUGGUCAAGGGGCAUAUGGAUCAGUUUACAAAGGAGGUUACAAUGGAAAAGAAGUCGCAGUUAAAAUACUUGAUUUGAGAGAUGAAGAUAGAAGAGCUAUAGUAACAAAGGCUUUUACACAAGAAGUUUCUAUAUGGUACAACCUAAGUCACCCAAAUAUUGCUAAGUUAAUCGGAGCUUCGAAAAACAAAGUGCCUGAAAUUAAACUCAAAUCUGAAAAUAGCCAACAUCGUCGUCGUCCUACGAAAGAUGGAUAUUGCAUUGUGGUAGAAUUUUUUCCUAGAGGCACACUCAAAUCCUACCUCAUUAAAAACCACAUCAAGAAGUUACCGUUACAUACUGUAAUUAAACUAGCGUUAGAUGUUGCAAAAGGGUUGAGUUAUCUUCACUCACAAAAAAUUGUUCAUAGAGAUGUGAAGACUGAGAAUUUACUUCUUGACAAUGAAGGAAGAGUGAAAAUAAUAGACUUUGGAGUUUCUAGAGUAGUGGCUUCUUGUCCUAUUGAUAUGACAGGCCAAAAUGGCACAAUGGGAUAUAUGGCUCCUGAGGUUCUUGCUUGUUUGCCAUAUGAUCAUAAAUGUGAUGUUUAUAGUUUUGGAAUUUGUUUGUGGGAAAUAUACAGUUGUUCAAUGCCAUAUCCUGAACAAAUUCCCCUUUCUAAAACUUCUCCUGAUAUUUACAAAGGUCGAAGGCCUGAAAUACCAAACUCUUGUCCAAGUGUUUUGGCUGAUAUAAUGAAGAAAUGUUGGGAUGCAAACCCUAAAAGGAGACCAGAGAUGCAUGAGGUGGUUAUGAUGUUGGAAGCAAUUGACACAUCUGAAUUAGCUACAGAAAAUCAGUUUCAGGGUUGUUUUUGCUUGAUAGGACGAAAAGGGUUAUAA